AUGACAUUUGUGGUAGAAAGUACGAUAGAUGGCAAGCGCAAAGGCGACUGCUGUCUGGCUGUUCAUCACACGCCGUGCUGUUGUUGCAAGCGUGAAGUGCACGAAGCUGGUGUAGCUUAUCCUAACCCCGACAAGAUUUCUGCUUCAGAGACUGAUGUUGAUGAUUUUCUACCUGCCUACUUCAGAUCCGCAACUACGGACGAAGACUCAAGGUUGCUGUACUGCCCGACACAUUUCAACAUGUCGUCUGUAGAUGAUGCUAAAGACUCUCCACAUUUGAAAGAAAAAGCCCUGCUUAGUGAGGGCAAACCAAGUGAAUCACCCGUUAAGCAACAUGGUUUCACAAGGAGAGCCAGUUGUAAAAUUCAGCAAAGGGCUUUUUUUUCCGGAAACAUCUUGAGUUUUGGCUGCUCCGUGUGUAAGGACGACUGGACAUACAGUCCCAAUGAUCUCCUUAAACAUUUCCAACUAUCCCACAGAGGAAUUUUGCCGACUUAUCCGUGUGAUCUGUGCGGAUUUUUUACAAAUGAAUUUGCAUCUCUUCAACGUCAUCGAAUGGAACACAAAAAUCCUCUGGUCACAUGCGAACUCUGCUCCGACGGACAUCAAUAUUCACUGCUUUUGCUUACGAGACAUCUUGUCGUGCGUCACAGUCGAAACGGAAAGUUUCGCUGCAACUGGUGUGACUUUACGACCGUGGACGCGGGCACAUUUGUACAGCACAUUCAUCAUCAUAAUGAGAGUCCUUGGAAAUGUCCCCAGUGUCAACACAUCAGCUUGAAUGAAGUGGAUCAUCAAGAACAUCUCAAAGCGCACACACUUUUACAUUUCAUUUGUCAAAUCUGCGGAUAUUGUUCGACCACCAUGAACCAUCUUAAAAGACAUGCCUUUUGUCACAACCAACAAAUCCAUACGAAUCGGCAAGAAAUGCAAACGGUACCAAAAUUAAUUGGUAUACCUGUGAUCCUGCCAAACCAAAAUGGUAGAAUGAAAUCAGAGAUGCGUUUAGAGCACUCCAACCAAAUUGUCGAUAGCACGACGGCAAAAAAGGACAAUUUGACUGUAGAACAAUCCCCUCCUGCAUUGUCGCUAGACAAUGGUGGCUCCCAAAGCAAUCAUAACGCACUAACAGUUCUUAUGGUCAAGAAUAAAAUAUCUCUUCCCCCAAAUUGUACAACCAAAGCGAUGGGAUUUAAGGUGGUUGAUGGGAAAAAACAUCUAGUUCUGAAAGUAAUACCAGUCGCCAAGCAAAACGCUUGCCCUCAAGACAGUUCAUCAGUGGGAAUUUUCGACUCCUCGGCCACCAGUUCUGAAUUUUUCAAGCAUCGUGACCUCGACGAGAAUAGUGAACAAUCUGCAGUUGAGAGCGCCACGUCACAUUGCUUUGCUGCUCCACUAGGAAGUGGAUCUUGCGUACCGACUGAGGAUAUCGUGGCUGUUAAAGUCAAGAUUGAAGAGGAAGAAACAUCUGUUUUCACUCUCGAGUCUCCUUUUCAUGGUGAUGAUUUUGGGGCUAAAUGUGAGGAGGUUGAAUGUCCUGCUACCGAUGAUGAAAACACAGACUUGGUUCUCGAAGAUUUUAACGUUGUAAAAGUUGAGGAGGAACUCAUUCCUUUAUCUAAUAAUUCACAGGAUAAGAAAAGUACUUCAUCCGUUCUAGAUAGUUUUAUGGAACAACACGCAGAUGCAAUAAUUACACAACUUCGGAAGGAAAGAAUUGAAUCUUCACUUUCCGACGAUUCCUCCGAACAAACAGAGUCUAUUGUACAAAAUCUUAAAGUGCAAGAUGAAAUGCAGCGAGAGGUUUUGAAAAAUAAUGAGCAAACCCUUGCCCAGCCAAUGCAGAUCAAGGCCACUCCGAGUUUUCAACUAAUUACUAGUUGUGUAAAUCCUCAAAUAAAUGUCUCUUAUAUGAAGUCUAGGUUAGUAAGCGAAAGAAGUCCUACCGGUAGGACGGUUCUUCCAAAAGAAUCAAAUAUAGGUUCUCUUAAGCCAGGAGCUAGUGAUAAAAUAACACUUGGUUCUUCUACGCAAACUAGUAUCUCGCCACACUUCCUGAUUAAUAGCCCAAACCUAAAAGGUUCUGUUCUUCUUUCAAGUAAACCACUUAAUAAUUCCAAAGAGAAAGUCCCUCAAACGUGCUACUUGGUCCCGAGGUCAAUUCCAUUAGUGCAAGCGCCAACUAGCUCUGUCCUCAUGCAAGCCAGUGCAAAACUGAACUCCAGACCCGUUCUGUCCACGCCUGCUGACAAAUCUCAUCAAAUGCAGACCGGUCGCCAAACAUUUCUCCUCCGCUAUAUUUCUACACCCAAGUCCAGCAUACUUUUUAAUCAUCAAGAAAUAAAAUCCGUCCCUCAGUCUUGCCAUACCUGGGAAAAAAGGGCCAACAAAGUUGUAUAUAAAAUUGUCCGGCCUCCAAUGAGCAUGCUUAAAAGUGACCCACCCUCCUCCAGUUCUCAUCCUUUGGUUUUGACCAACUCACCUGAAACCCAGUGUGUUCUCAUGUCUUCGAACAAAACAAAUCCCAAUUUGUCCAACAACCUGGAAAAGAUAAUUUCCCAGCCUAAUACAGCGCCAAAUGUCCCGGAACCGACGCCACUAUUGAUAAAAGUUAGCGACGGGGAUAGGCCUCGGCUGGCCCCGAGGCCAAUUCGACCUCCGAGUGGAAGAAAAAUCCGCAGGAAAGUGCUGUUCGACGAGCUUACGACAACGGCGCAUAAAGCGAGAAGAGUGGCAAACAAAGUACAGACUGAAAAAGACACGACUGUAUGUUGGAGUCCCGUAUCAAAAGAAGUUGAAAGAACACUAAGACUUGCCCCGUACAACUGUCUACAGCAAAUUAAAUGCCCCCGUCGAUACCAGCCUGUGGUGGUGCUAAAUCACCCGGAUGCUGAUAUUCCCGAAGUGGCUAAUAUUAUGAAGGUAAUUCAUCGACACAGAGGCGCCGUGGCUAAAGUGUCACUGUCGCAGAAAACGGUUAAAGCGCUCGCUGAGCUCGGCACCCUCGGAGGGGAGAUGAUGACUAAAGACGUCCUGCUACAAAGCAAAGUGCCGAGCCCCCGAGCUGUUCAGAGUUCAGUCCGGGAGAGGUUCCUUCUCAAAUUGAAGCUCAAGAAGAAAAGCAAAAAAAAGUAUCAAGUUGUGGAACCGUUAUCACGCAGUAGAAAAAAGACAGUGAUGUUUGACUGCUGGUUCUGUGGCCGUCUAUUUAGCAGUCAGGAACAGUGGAUUGGCCAUGGCCAGCGACAUCUCAUGGAGGCAACUAGGGACUGGAAUAAACUGUUUUAA